AUGAAAGACUUUCUGCGGGAGUUGCCCGAACUGGACUUCGUGGGGAAUUCAAUGCCUCCCGUCGAGCAUCUAUCGAAACUUGCCCAGCUACUUACCCUGCAACAGACAGCACUCACACAGAUACAGGGUGGCAUGCAGCACUUGGCUAAACGAUACGCAGAAAAGCCAGGAUCAACUCCGGAUCAGCCUGAGGAGGACCUUCUGGCUGCCUUGCACCGGACGACAGAUCUGCGGAGAGACCAAGUCUUCCAAGAUAGGGUAGUCGGCAGGUGGCUGAUCGAGCAACACAAACCAGGCUCCCGUUCCGGGCUGGCUGGACAGAAAGUUAUUGAACCUUGUAUAGCAUGCUCCCCUAAUCCCCAUGAAGAGCUUCUGAAGGAGCUCCUUAAUACCCCUUUGGGCUUAAGGCAACAGAUGGGCAGUGGGCAAAUACCGAUGCAACCUGGUGUCCGCUCGACUUUACAGGGACAAGAGGCUACUAUCGAGAAAUCAGCCCCUCCUGGACAUGUGAAG